UUGGGGGGUUCAGGUCAGUCAAGCAGCUUCAACACUUAGUGGGUUACAGGUCAUUCAUUGAACUCAACCCAUAAAUAAACAUGGGAAGCAAAUGAGCACCGAAUGAAAUUAAAAGUAACAAAGAUUUAAGCCAUGAUGGAUCAUCUUAUGUUGCUUCGGUUCCUCUUCUUCAUCCUGUUGUUAUGGCUAGCGGUGGUCGCAACAUCAUCGACGUUGCCAAUGGCAAAGCCUCACUGUAAGGAUAAAUGCGGUAACAUCCAUGUUCCCUACCCCUUUGGCUUCGGAGAUAAAGAUUGUUACAGAGAUGAAAGUUUUCAGGUAAGCUGCAAUGACACCUACAAGCCUCCAAAACUGUUCUUGAAAUUGGAAGACUACGAAGUUCAAAAUCUUUCAUUGCAAGGCAUACUGCGUGUAUUGUUCUAUGUAAUUAAGGAUUGCUACAGCAACUCGGGCCAAUUGACUGAUUCGUUUCGCCUUUAUAUGAAAAAGUCUUUCGAAACUUUCACGUUCUCUGACACACAGAACAAAUUCAUGGCUCUGGGUUGCGACACCAAAGCUAAUAUCCAGAGCAUCAACAAAUCUUACGUUGAUAUCCAGGACUCCGAUCAUGGGUUCUUCCAGAGUGGGUGUAGUAUGAUGUGCAAUAACAUAUCUGAUGUGAUCAUCAAUGGUUCCUGCACGGGCGUCGGCUGUUGUGAGACCUCAAUUCCAAAGGGUUUUGGUUACUAUGAUAUAAAUCUCGGGAGCUUUGACAAUCAUAGGAAGGUCCAUAAUUUCAAUCCCUGCAGCUACGCUUUCCUCGUUGACAAGAACUGGUUCAACUUAUCAGUCUCGGAUCUCUUGAAUUUUACCAAGAAUGUAGAUGAAUAUGGUUUUUCACGAGUCCCAGUCGUGUUAGACUGGACAGUAGAUAAUAAGACUUGUGAAGAAGCAAUGAAAAAAAAGACUACUUACGCAUGCGGCAACAACAGCAGGUGCAUAGAGUCCAAGAACGGUAUUGGGUACAGCUGCAAUUGUUCCCAAGGUUACCAUGGGAACCCUUACCUUUCAGACGGAUGCCAAGACAUAGAUGAAUGUAAAGAUCGAAAAGAUAAUACCUGUAGUUCGAUCAAGUACUGUUUCAAUCUUCCAGGGGGUUACAAAUGCUCUUGCCCACCUGGUUAUCAUGGAGACGCGAAAAAAGAUGGAACUGGAUGUAUUCCUGCCACUCAAAAGCCAUAUCAGGUGAUUCAGGACACAAUAGGUGCUGGCUUGGGCUUCUUGUUUUUAGUUGUUGGUAUCUUAUCGGUGCUUUGCGCACUUCAAAAGAGAAAGGACAACAAACUCAAGCAGAAAUUCUUCAGGCAAAAUGGAGGUUUUUUGUUAAAGCAACAGCUAUCUUCAAGUGAAGGACCAGUUGAACCUGCCAAAAUCUUUACAGCAGAAGAACUAAAGAAAGCAAGUAACAACUAUGCUCAGAGCCAGAUCCUUGGUCGAGGAGGCUAUGGUACGGUAUACAAAGGAGUUCUACCAAAUCAUAGAAAUGUUGCCAUUAAGAAAUCAAGAAAAGUUGAUGAAAAUCAGAUCGAGCAAUUCAUAAAUGAGGUGGUUAUUCUCUCCCAAAUUAACCAUAGAAAUGUUGUAAAGCUGCUUGGUUGUUGUUUAGAGACUGAGGUUCCUAUAUUAGUGUACGAAUUUGUUACAAACAAAACCUUAUUCUACCAUAUCCAUGGUGAAGGAUGCAAUUCUCCAAUUUCAUGGGAUAAUCGCCUAAGAAUAGCUGCGGAAACAUCGGAGGCACUUGCUUAUCUGCAUUCUGCAGCAACACCACCUAUCAUUCACAGAGAUAUUAAGUCUGCAAACAUACUCUUGGAUGAUAACUAUACAGCAAAGGUAUCAGACUUUGGUGCAUCAAGGUUGGUUCCAUUAGACCAAGCUCAAAUUAGUACACUAGUGCAAGGAACAUUGGGGUACUUGGACCCAGAGUACCUUCGAUCAAGUCAACUCACAGAAAAGAGUGAUGUUUAUAGUUUUGGCGUAGUACUUGUGGAGCUAUUGACUGGAAAGAAGGCACUCAAUUCUGAUGGAUAUGGAAGAGAGUCAAAUCUAGCCAUGCAUUUUGUCACCUCAAUCGAAGAAGGUAGGGUUUGGGAAAUUCUAGAUAAUCAGAUUGUGACUGAAGGGUGCAGAGAGAAACUUCAAGUAGUUCUAGAACUGGCAGAAAGAUGUUUAAGAUUAAAAGGGGAAGAAAGGCCUACAAUGAAGGAAGUGGCAAUGGAGUUACAAGGGUUGAGGAGGGAUCAAACCCACCCUUGGAUUGCGCAGAACCCCGAGGAGGUGGAAUGUCUGAUCGGUGAACCAUUAGUCUUGCCUAGUCAUAACACUAUUGAGUAUAAUAGUUUGACUAAUGAAGCGCUGAUAUCAUUAGAUGGUGGACGAUAAUUGUAGCUAUUAAAUAUCAUUGUAAUCUUCCUCCUUUAGUUUCACUUCAAUUCAUGUGUUCCAUUGUAUCAUUUAUACUUAUAUUUUAAUUUAUUUGUGUGGUUUAUACGUGUCAUAUUUUACAAAGUGUGAUUUGUAAUCUGAAUUAUUGGUGAAGUGAAGCCUUCUUUGGCAUAAAUAUAAAUUGGGGACUGUUUUUUGGGUCG